GUUAGCAACAUGCCAACAUGGACGACGCAGUGAAGACAGUUUUAGAAGGUCAUCCAAAUCUCAGGAUUAAAGAAAACGAAGACGGAAAAUGCUGGGUUGUUUGUGAUAUCACAUCUCAUGAGAUGCCAUGCACAUUGAAGGCUAUAGAGACAUACAUUAAUGGCAAGAAAUAUAAAAAUGCUUGUGAACACCAAUUGACACCCAAAGAGAAAGAAUUGUGUUCACAAUAUUUAACUGAGAGAAGAAGAGGACAACUGUAUUGCAAACUAACUAAACGAUAUCUUAACAAUCUACCAAAUCACAUCAGACAACACUUGAAUGGAAGAAGAUUUAAAAAAGCUGUAAAAGAUGUAAAAAAGGGAGGAUUGAUGCAGGAUAACACAAAACAUCAAGAAGUCCAUUUCACAGACUUGGAGGAUCCUGGUACAGAAAUGUGGGUCCCACCAGAUUCUGAUUCAGAAAGUGCAGAAAUUGAGGGUCUUAGUCCCGAAUUUGAAGAAGACAAGAGUGAUUUAAAAGAAUGUAAUCCAGACGAUACUUAUAGUUUUAGUGUUUUGCAAUUUGAAGACACAUCACUUGAAGAAAAUGGUACUGAAAGACCGAGGAAAAAAUUGAAAAGAUCAGCAAAACAAUUACAAGAGAAAUCAAAAGGGAAAGACAAAAAGAAAAAAAAAGCAAAGGAUAGGAAUAGAAAAUGAAAAGAAGUACAGAAUCAGCUCAUAAUUACAUAUUACAUAAAGCAAACAAAUAAUAUUAAUGUAUAUUAAAUUCUAGUUAUUUAUACUGACAUAUUAUUUAUACAACUGAUUUAAACAAAUAUGCCAUUAGCAGACAUUGUUACAGAGCCAUGCAUGUUGUAGUGUUUAUAUGGUAUAUAAAAAAAA